AUGUCGCCGCAGGACGGAGAAGAAGAGGCGGAUACAAUCUACUACAGCGUCAGAACGGAUGAUUGUCCGUCUGGCUACGUCCACAACCGCCUCAUCAACAUCUGCUACCAGCUUCAUCUCAACAAAAUCAACUACAACGACGCUCUUGCUGACUGUACGACAAGAGGGGAACACUUUGUUGUUAUUGACAGCGAGGACAAGCAGAACCACAUGGUCAAGCAGAUCAAGUCGUCGUCAGGCACUAGAUAUUGCAGUUAUAUCAUCGAUGGGUCGGAUGUUGCUAAGAAAGGCCAGUGGGUAUUUCAUGAUGGCCGGAAUAUGACACGCUUCUUCUGGGCUGAGAGCUAUCCCAAGAAUGGCACAGAAAAGAAUCGCAUUAUCCUUAAGGCAAUUGACAACUUUCUUUGGGUAAAUAGGAGAGGGACAAACAAAUGUUACAUCUGUGAAAGGGAUGUGUGACAUGCACUUGAUGUCAAUCACUGGAUUGUCUGGUCCAGACCUGGUGUAUUUACAGACUGACGUC